UAGUCAGUGUCAGUAGAGUGCGAGUCGCGUGUCGAGACGUCGACACGUGCUUUUGUGCCAGUUGCGACCCUUUACUUUAUUGUUCGAUCAGCUACUUCCGUUACUUUCCGCUCUCUCUUCACCGGAAACUUGAAGAUCCUUCGAGAUGCGCUGCGUCGCGGCGCUGCUCGUCCUUGCCACCCUUUUCGUCCUUUCACAGUGCUCCGUUCGUAGCGUCGCACCGGAUGAAGCACUGACAAAGGAGCUAGAAGAGGCGUUGAAUGAUGACAAUUUUGUCAUCGCCGUGAAGAAUAUCAAGCCGAAGAAGCGUCGAGGUCCCGAGACGCUACUUAUUGCAGACUUUUCCGGAUCGAAGGAGAAGUUCAAAGUGAUACUGGACAGACGCACGAAACAGGUUGCAAUCGAGACGGUUCACCAUGGGAGCGUCCACACUGAACGCUUCGACGUUAAAGGUCUCGACGACUCUACGAUCGUCAAGAAUCUGCUUCUCCAUGUCCACCAGGUUCAACCAGACGCCAACGUCGAGUUGUACGUGAAUUGCGCCCACCAUGGAAACCUGCCGAUGAACAAAACCCUCAGGGAUAUGGCUGGAAUUCUGCGUACGGUUCGCCUCGAGGUGUACAAGGAGAGAAAGCACAAGGCUAAAGUGUACUCGGGUAUGGAGAUGAGUGACGUCUUGAUGCGGGAAAAUUGUCCUUCGGAGUUCCUCGACGUUGAAACGAUGCAGGGAAUAGAGCCGCAGGAGGACCUCACACGUAUUCCUAGACGGGGUGACAUCCAGAUUAUUCCCGAUUGGGACGAGAAACGUUGUUUGACGGAAGCUCUGCUCGUAAAAACUCUGAAUUCGUUGAUAGAAUCCAUUCGUCGGAUAAGGGAUGAGGUGGAAUUUAACAAACGAGAGACGCAACAUUUGAGAAGCUUGAUUGAAAACUGCGCGGGAUGCAAACAACAAGGUAAUGCUUUUAUCUCGUCAUGUUCGAUGAACUCGCCAUGUUACCCGGGAGCACAGUGUCGGGACACAAGCACUGGACCACAAUGCGGAUCUUGCCCCCGCGGCUACGUGGGAGAUGGAAUAACAUGUCGUCGAAGUAACCCCUGCGCCGAACAGCGCUGUUUCCCUGGAGUCGCCUGCUACAACAUGGAUGAUGGCUACAAGUGCGGUCCGUGUCCCUCAGGAUACACAGGAGACGGGGAGAGAUGCGACCAGCUGAAGGGCUGCCAACUGCAAGUGUGUCACAGCGGGGUUCAAUGCAUACCAAUGAACAGCCCGCCUUAUUAUCGAUGUGGACCUUGUCCCGCGGGAUUCACCGGGAACGGAACGAAGUGUCAUGACAUCGACGAGUGCGAUCUCGAUCAGCCAUGCGACCCCAUGGUUCGCUGCACGAAUUUAUCUCCCGGUUACAGGUGCGAUCCCUGCCCCGCUGGGUACGAAGUACGAACCGUUAUGGGUCUAAGCAGCGAAGACCCUCGAAGAAGGAGGCAGCGAUGCACCCCCAUCGACAGGUGUAAUAACCGGAGAAACGGGGGAUGCGUUCCGAAUUCUCAAUGCUACAGUACCGGCGGUAGUGUCAGGUGUGGUCCGUGCAAACCAGGCUACGUUGGCAAUCAGUCCAUAGGGUGCAAGCUAGCGAAGGUAGUCUGCGAUGACGGAGUAACCAUAUGCGACGAUAACGCCUACUGCAUCCACUACGGAUACAACGAAUACGCCUGCAAGUGUAAAAUCGGCUGGGCUGGAAACGGUAAACUGUGUGGACACGACUCCGACACUGACGGUUUCCCAGACAACAAGUUGGACUGCCCCGAGCGAAACUGCAUGGCCGACAACUGUCGUUACACUCCAAAUGGACAGGAAGAUGCGGACGGAGACGAGCAAGGAGACGCCUGCGAUUCGGACAAGGAUAACGACGGCAUCCUGAAUGCGGUAGACAACUGCCCGCUCGUUUACAACCGUGACCAGGAGGACAACGAUCGUGAUAAGCUAGACGGUGUGGGAGAUGCUUGCGACAACUGUCCAUACUUAUACAAUCCAGGGCAGCGUGACAUCGAUGGUGACAAGUUGGGGGACGCCUGUGACCCUGACAUCGAUAACGACGGCAUUCGAAACAACGAUGACAACUGCCCGUACAACCGGAACCCCAACCAGAAUGACCGUGACGGUGACGGUUUUGGUGACGUCUGCGACAACUGCCCAAACGCGUCGAACGCCGAUCAGCGAGACAGUGAUGGAGACAGUGUCGGAGAUGUCUGCGACACCGGUGCCGACAGGGAUGGCGACGGGAUUCAGGACGAUUGGGAUAACUGUCCUUACGUAGCGAAUGCAGACCAAACUGACACGGACAAUGAUGGCCGAGGUGACGAGUGCGACGACGACAAGGAUGGCGACGAAGUCCCGGACGACAGGGACAACUGUCCGUACUACUACAACCCGGAGCAACUCUUACCGGACUAUGAUUUCCGCAAAGAAAAAUGCAAGAAGGACUGGGACAACGAUGGGUUUCCUAACAACAUCGACAACUGUCCAAACAACAGCCAGAUAUCGACGACUGACUUCCGGGCGUUCAAGGCCAUCAUACUUGACCCCAUCGGUGAGGCCCAGAUGGAUCCGAACUGGGUGAUCCAGAAUAAUGGGUCAGAAAUCGUGCAGACGGUAAACAGUGAUCCUGGGAUCGCCUUCGGCCACGACAAGUACAGCGGUGUUGAUUUUGAGGGUACGUUCUACGUCGAUACCACCAUCGACGACGAUUACGCAGGCUUUAUAUUCUCCUAUCAAAGCAACGAAAAGUUCUACGUGGUCAUGUGGAAGAAGAAGAGCCAGACCUACUGGCAGUCGACGCCUUUCCGUGCAGUUGCCGAACCUGGGAUACAGAUAAAACUGGUCAACUCAGCCACUGGACCAGGCGAAAUGUUGAGGAACAGCAUAUGGCACACCGGCGAUACCGAGGACCAGGUCAAGCUGCUGUGGAAGGAUCGGAGGAACGUUGGAUGGAAGGAUCACACUUCCUACCGCUGGCUGCUCCUUCAUAGGCCAAAGAUUGGACUGAUCAGGCUUAGGAUAUACGAGGGAAAGGAGAUGGUCGCUGAUUCCGGGAAUAUAUUCGACUCAACGUUGAAGGGCGGGAAUCUCGGCGUCUUCUGCUUCUCUCAGGAAGCGAUCAUAUGGUCGGACCUCGUAUCUCGAUGCAACAAUCAAGUGCCAGAAGUCGUGUACAGGGAUUUACCCCCUCAGCUUCAGCGAGCUGUGCACAUUGAUGAUAACAAGAACCACUUUGGAGAGGUGACUAAAAAUCGCGGAGGAUAGAGUUUGACUGGUUAAAUAUUGUAGGAAUGAGAUACUCGUCGGAUUACGAGGUGAAUCAAUACGCCAAUGCUUACAAUUAUUAAACAUAUAUGUAUGACUAAUCAUGUCCCGAGAUCACAACGAUUGCACAAAUCAAAAUUUCGUAUACGGUAAACAUUGUUACAUAAGAACACGGUGCCGGAAAAAAUGGAAAAAAUGCCGGUGUGGAAAAAAUUUUACCUCCAUCUG